AUGGCACAGGCAUACCUCCCCAAUACCAUGUCGCUGCAACCGCUGACGGCCGACACGGCUUCACUCCUCAAGCAGAGUCUAGAGGGCAUCGUGCGGCAAAAUCCACCUUUGGAAAAGGACGACAAUAACCUGGGUCUCGCAGCCGGGCACACCGCGCUGGCGUACCUGUUUCUUCGAAUGGCCCAGAAACACGCCGACCUACAGAUCCAUGGCCACGGGUGCAUGUACUGGGCGGAGAGGUACAUGGCCGGCGAUCGUGGCCCUCAACACGUACAAGACAAGAACUGUGGCCUCAUGUGCGAGAAGCUCGCCUGGGAGGCCGUCAGGGCCAGCAUUACCGGCAGCGAAGAGGCAGUGGCUACGUUCCUCGAAAACGUGCCCAGGCUAGUGGAGCCGACGCCAAAAGGCGAGGACCCGUUCCCCAGUGAGAUGCUGUAUGGCCGCGCCGCGGUGCUAUACUUGCUUCGAAUGGUGAGACGAUUUGUUCCGAGCAGCGCGGACCCUAUAGACGAAGCAAUUGGCAGGAUAUGCCAGAGAAUUCUGGAAUCCAGGGACAACAGCAAGGGCGGCUGGCUGUGGAAAGGGAAGCGGUACUACGGCGCUGUCCACGGAGACAUCGGCGUCAUGACGCAAAUCGUGCUCAGUGAUCCUUCACUGGCACCCAGGCUGAGGACCCGACUUGAGGAGCUGCUCGACAUGCAGGCUGACGGUGGAAACUGGCCUGCUACGGAUGAGGACAAGGAGGAUUCAGACAGACUGGUGCAGUUCUGCCAUGGUGCGCCUGGAUUUAUCUUUGCGCUGCAGUCUCUGCGGCCCUUUUAUCCCAUGCUUCAGGAGAGGAUCGAUGGGGCGAUUGAAAAGGGGCGCCAAGCGACGUGGGCUCGGGGCCUGCUUGUCAAGGAACCCAGUCUGUGCCAUGGCUUGUUUGGGAACGGACUUGCUCUCCCCAAGGGGGAGAAACGAGAUCAUUUCUUGUCUCUCGCGACGCCGGAUUCUCUGCAACGAUUGCGAAGCGAACAUGCCCAUCUUUUCAGAAGGGGCAGCUAUGGCAUGUCGUCAUCUCCCUUGUUUAGCUACCUACCCAGCGCGGCAUGGACGUGGACCGUCUUUGACGAAGAUGAGCCGCGCAUCAUUUUGUUCAACGACGUUUGA